GCGGGCGCCGGUACUCAGCGCUCAACGCCUCCUGAAGAAAGCCCGCCCGCGCACUCUGGUCCCCGCGUCUUGUGCACCCGCCGACCCUCGCUUAUAGUCCACGGGCAUGGCAGUCAACGGCAGCGUUCGCAGGGCCAACUUCGCUUCGCCCCUCACACACCAGCCGCGCUCGACGUCUCAGUCCGCGCACACACCUGAACACUCCCCGGUCGAUUCUACGCGCACGCAAUUGGCUCCCAAGAUGCCUUCCCUCGCCGCCUCCGCAGCAGGCGUCGCGCCCGCCCUGAAGCGGAAGCAGUCGUCGCCGAUGAUGCCUCCCUUCAUGGUGUCGGCGCCUGGCAAGGUCAUUGUGUAUGGAGAGCACGCUGUCGUGCACGGCAAGGCUGCAAUCGCUGCCGCCAUUUCGCUCCGCUCCUAUCUGCACGUCUCGUUCCUGUCGAAAUCGAAUCGGACCGUGCAGCUGCGUUUCCCCGACAUACAGAUGGAACACACGUGGAACAUCGACGACCUCCCCUGGGAGGCCUUUUCCAAAGCAGGGAAGAAGAAAUACUACUACGAUCUGGUCACGUCGCUCGACCCCGACCUCGUGGCCGCUAUCCAACCCUUCAUCGACCAAGUGUCGCCCAAAGCCCCCGAAUCGAUACGCAAGAUACAGCAUGCCUCGGCUUGCUCCUUCCUCUACCUCUUCCUUUCGCUGGCCUCGAGGAAGACUCCGCCCUGCACAUACACACUGCGCUCCACAAUACCAAUAGGGGCUGGCCUGGGCAGCAGUGCCAGCAUAUCGGUCUGCUUGAGUGCGGCGUUGCUCAUGCAGAUCCGCGCUCUUAGUGGGCCUCACCAAGACCAGCCGCCGCAGGAGUGCGAGCUGAACAUUGAACGCAUCAACCGUUGGGCUUUCGUCGGAGAGAUGUGCAUCCACGGCAACCCCUCCGGCAUCGACAACACAGUAUCGUCAGGUGGCAAAGCGGUUUUGUACCAGAGGAUGGGCGAGGGCAAGCCGCCCCGCGUUGAGCCACUGCACAACUUCCCAGAGCUCCCGUUACUUCUUGUCAACACGCGGCAAUCUAGAAGUACGGCGACCGAGGUCGCCAAAGUCGGCACUCUCAGGACACUCCACCCUGCACUUGCGGAGAACAUCCUCGAAUCGAUUGGCAUGGUCACCGAAUCCGCGUAUCAGCUCCUCAACUCUCCAGAUUUCGACCCUACAUCGCAUGCCUCACUUAAGCAUCUCGGCGAGCUCGUGACUAUAAAUCACGGCUUGCUCGUCUCGCUCGGAGUUUCACACCCCAAGCUUGAGCGAGUCCGAGAACUCAUCGACCACACUGGCAUUGGCUGGACAAAGCUUACCGGCGCUGGCGGUGGAGGCUGCGCAAUAUCCAUUAUCAAACCCAAGCCACCGGCGCUCACAAACGGCCACAGUAACGGCGCCCACGAACUUUCUUCUGACGAAUCGGACAUCUCUUCCGAAGCCGACUGUAGUGCGUCGAUCAUUUCGAACGGUACAAGGCUCAAACACAAGAUCUUGGACUCUCUCGAGGUCAAGCUUGAGAACGAAGGAUUCGAAAAGUUCGAGACGACGCUUGCCGGCGAUGGCGUCGGCAUCCUAUGGCCGGCAGUGCUCCACAAUGGCAACGAAGAAGAGGGUGGAGAAGAAAUCGACCAGGAGAAGUUCUUGAUGGCUGAAGGGACUGUGGGGAUAGAGAGGCUAGUAGGCGUAGCCGGGACCCGAAGACGGCUUGCGAAAGAGGUUCGCGAAGGCUGGAAAUUCUGGCGGCCCUGGGUCGCGCAUGAGGAAUGACUUUGAGCACAGUUCUUGCAAGAGAUCCAGCCUUUCCAUUCGACUACUUAAUAUUCGAUUCCACCCCGCCAUUUUGGCGCGUAUGAUGUAUAAUGCAGGCAAGGACUGGAAAAGGAAGUUGUAAAACGUUGGACGCGAGUCAUCUAUUUACGUGCGAGCUGUUGGUUCUUUUCGCAGUUUUGCAUAGCUCAGUCGCAAGUCCCUGGUCAAUAGCUAAUAUCAUUCUCCUCGUUUCUCUGCCGAGAACAAAGACAACAAAGGCACGUUUCGUCUGACUAAGCAUCUCCGUAACCAGAGCCUGGAAAUAAAAAGGC